UUAAAUUGUGCAAGCGCUUGUUUUUGAGUUAUCAAGCGUCCGCUAUGUCGCCUAAAGAAAUCAUUGAAAAAGUUGAACAACUCCUUUGUCCGUUUGGCUUUGAAGCACAUGCGUUUAAGAUUGGCUGGUAUAAUGAACAUGUUGAUGAAAAUUUCAAGUUUCCGUAUGACUAUGAUACAAUGGCAAUACUAGUUAUCAGUACACCAGACAUGUUUGACAAGAGUCUUGUCCCUUAUAUAGUGAGAACAGAAUGUCCAGGGACUGGAGAUAUGUUAGAUCACUGUGUUACAGAACAUUUUAAUAAUAUAAAAAAGGAGUUUGCUGACUGUGAUAUAGAAGCUAUCCAUGACUUUGAGUUGUUACCAAGCCGACGUCCUAAAGUCCUUGUCCAGACAGCAGGUCAUGUAUCAGGUGCAGCAUAUUAUUACCAGAGGAAAGAUUUAGACCCAGAUCCAUGGGGAGAUAAAGCUAAAAUAUAUGGUGUGAGCAUACAUCCGAAAUACGGAGGUUGGUUUGCAUUGAGAGGGGUCCUUAUCUUCAAGAAUAUAAAACACCCGGACCUUGAGAGGGUCAGUCCUGUUGAUGUUGUUAACACAUACGAGCUGAAGAAAGAAUUACUGGAGAGGUUUAACUACAACUGGCAGGACUGGACCUUCAGAGACAUUAUUCCAGUGGAAAAGAGAUACUCGGAAGAUCAGAAAGAGUAUUUUGCAACAUUGCCGAAAGAUAGACAACCAUUGAUAGAAAAACUUAAAAGUCAUAGAAAAUGUGAAGCUGUAGAUAGUUUGUGAAUGCUUGUUUUAUAUUCAAUGUUAUUUAUAGAUUGACUAUUUCAAGAAAAGGCAGAGCUAUUGUACUCACCCUGGUUAAGUUUUUGUGCAAGUUUUUAUCUCUAAAACUACUAGAGGGAAUGAAUUGAAACUUCACACACUUACUUUAGAGUCAAUAGGAGGUCACUGUCCAAGGCCCAUUAAUUUAAUAUUGAUUUUGACUGAAUUAUGGCCCUUUUUGAACUUGGAAAAUUGUACAUUAUUCAGACUCUUAUUUUAUUAUCAAGCAUAAGAAUAGUCGAGUCCUACUGACAGCUCUUGUUUUUACUAUAUAAGCUUUCUCUCGUGUCUGAUUUUUUGACAUGGAGUCCAAUUCUAAUAAAUUGU